GCAAUAAUUACUUUGGUCUUGACGGUACGCUAACCCAGUCGCUCAACCUCACAUUUGUGAUAAAUGCCCCGGCGCAACAGCACACUAAGGUACGAAAAAACACAUGCACUCUAUCUUAUUUCCUGCUUUUUUCACAAGAAAGAAUCACUUCCUGUUUAAUUUGUAACUUGAGCAGCAACCGGGGGCAGGGAACUUAAAUAAAAAAAAGUGGGGGUUUGCAUAUAAAAGCAGAUGAUGGGGUGAAGAAUUUCAGAGGGGCUGAAGACACAGUUUAGUGCUGUGGCAUCUAGGUCUUUUGCUCUGGGCUGAUUGAUCAUUUUGAGUGUAAUCUAUGCAUUGAUUGCCAGAGACCAAAGGAGAGGGCAAUAGCCUGAAGAGGAAAAGCGGGGGAGCGGCUGACCAUCACAAGCAUACACAAACAGAACCGAGCCUGACGCUCCGAGGCCGCUCCCGUUAAGAUGCUGGGGUGCCGUGGAGGUGCUGGCGUGCGGAGCUGGCUCACGCUGGCAUCCGGACUGGUGGAGUGCCUGUGCUUCGCGGGGGCUGUGUUCGGCUGGGCUUCCUUGGUCUUCGUCCUGAAGACGGACGGGUACUUCAGUGACCUGUGCGUGAAUUCCACCGCGACCAACGAGACAUGGAGAACAGACUGCAGCCGCCAGGACGAGCAGUUCUCCCUCAUCUUCACCAUCGCCUCUUUCAUGAACAACUUCCUCACCCUUCCCAAUGGAUUCUUAUUUGAUCACUUCGGCACCACAGCUGCGAGAUUCCUUGCCAUAUCCGUGUAUACAGCCGGCACCUUGUUUAUUGCCUUCUCCAGUGCAGCAACGUCCAUCUUGCUCUUUCCGGCCCUGUCCUUCAUUGCCGUGGGAGGGAUUUUAUUCCUCAUGACAAACAUGCAGGUGGGGAACCUGUUUGGUGCUCAUCGCUCCACUAUCAUCACCCUCUACAACGGAGCCUUCGAUUCCUCCUCUGCUGUCUUCUUGAUAAUUAAGGUGCUGUUUGAAGGAGGAGUGUCUCUGCGGGCCUCCUUUGUCUUUCUCUCCAUCUGCAGCGUUAUUCACCUGCUCCGCACAUUCUUCCUUUUACCCCGGAUGCAUAUUCCCCAUCCUGUUCCCAAGGGCUAUACUUACGGGGUGAGAUGUGGCAAGUCCAAGACUUAUAGCUUGGAUGGAGCAGGAGAUGUGAAGAAGAGAGGCAACAUUCCAAGUGAUGGAGAGACGGAGAAGAUGUCUAUUCGGGCGGAGGACCCAUCAGACUCCCCAAGCAUAGAGAACAAAGAGGCCAGUUUUAGGAGCUGUUUCCUGUCCUGGUUCUUCCUGUGGCACUUGAUCUGGUUGUCCGUCAUGCAGCUUCGUCACUACCUCUUCAUCGGGACCCUUAACCCCAUGCUCAGCCGGCUGACCAAUGGAGACCCUGGUCUCGUGAGCAAAUACACCAACGCCUUUGCCAUCACCCAGCUGUGUGGGGUCCUAUGUGCUCCCUGGAACGGCCUCAUCAUGGACAGACAUAAGGGAAAACCCAGGCCUCCAGGACAAAGCGAGCAGGAGGCUGAUUUGCGGUCUGCCGCCCUCUCGCUGUUCCUCACUGCAUUGCAGUGCCUUGCCUUCUCCAUCUGUGCAACCUUGCCCAUCCUCUCACUCCAGUACCUCUCGUUCGCCCUCCAAGUCCUCAACCGCUCCUUCCUCUAUGGAGGCAACGCCGCCUUCAUCAGCAUAGCUUUUCCUGCUUGCCAUUUCGGGAAACUGUUUGGCCUUUUGAUGGCGCUGUCAGCCAUAGUGUCCCUAUUGCAGUACCCCUGCUUCGCCGUGGUCAAGGAGCUCCUCAACGGAGACCCCUUAUAUGUGAACAUUGCCCUGACCCUCCUGACCUUGAUGGCUUUCAUACACCCUCUGUAUGUGUACAUUCACUGCCGGAGACUGGCUGCCUGCAGGGAGAAAGGAGACAAGAUCACGUCCAACACCUUCUAGGCAAACCAAAGAAAGGGAAGCUGUCACUCUUGGCAGCAAACUCACUUUUGCUAAGUUGCAUCAGAGUUUUUUGUGAAUGAACUUGAGCCUCUGCUGAACCAGUCACUGUUUUCCACACACCUUUUGAGAGCAGUGUUAAUUGUGCACAGUGCGGUAAACAGGAGGCUAUGUCAGUACUAAGAAAUGCCAUUUCAGGUGAAAGCAGGUGGAAGACAACUGCGGAAGCUUUUUCUGGGCCAUGUGAGUCUGCGAUAUUUCAUGUACUGUUUAGAAGAAUAGCAUUGGACGGGGAUCAGAACACAUGUGAGCAAAAACCAGCAAUAACUUCUCUGUAUAAUAUAGAGAAAAUUAGUCAAUGAAAUGCUGCCUUUUUAUUCUGUCAUAAUGAAAUGUAGUGGAUCAACCAGACAAACCAAAAUGUAAAGGAAACAUUUGUGUACUUAAGCUCGGCCUGUAACGUCGACAAGUGUAAACGCUUUACAAGCUGUGUAGUGUGUCUUUAAAAUCAGUAAUCAGCCAAAAUCAUUUUAUAUUUCAAACACACCUGCGGUGUCAUAAUCGAGUCAUUAAUGUAAGUAAUUUGAAUAAAUUGUUAGCAUGGCCAUACGGUUUCUUUGUAUGAUUUUCCGCACGGUCCUUAAGGUUACUGCAGGAAUGUUUCUACUUCGACUAAUGUGUUAAGCAGUGAGAAAAUGUUGCAGUGUUCAUUUUGAAGAGGCCAGAUAUAUACCAUGAUUAAUAUGCAAUGAGAAUGAUUCCCAAAAUAUGAAACAUUCUGAACAGAACCAUGCACUCAAUAUAUAGUCCAAUUGUAUCACUGUGAAACUGUCUGUUUUAUGUGU